CUUGAUGUGACAAAAAAAAAGAAGAAGACAGUAACUCUCUGUUUUUUCUUUAAAUAUAACAGAAACAAAACAGCUCUCUGCCUUAAAAACCACUACACUAAUCCCUAUCCGCCAUCAACGGUUAAACAAACCGCCACAAUGACAGAGAAAGAAUGUGAGCAUCACCACGACGAGGAUGAGAAGAUGCGCAGACGCAUAGGAGCGGCGGUGCUUGGCUUGCUUGCAGCUGGCCUUUUUGUGGUUUUCUUGGUGUGGGCCAUUCUUCACCCGCACGGGCCGCGUUUUGUUCUUCAGGACGCAACCAUUUACGCGUUUAACAUCUCUCAGCCCAACUUUCUCACCUCCAAUCUACAGGUCACUCUCUCUUCUCGAAAUCCUAAUGACAAGAUCGGAAUCUUCUAUGACCGCCUUGACAUUUACGCCUCCUACCGCAACCAACAGGUGACGUUGGCAACUUUACUGCCGGCGACUUACCAAGGCCACCUUGAUGUAACGGUAUGGUCGCCGUUUCUCUACGGAACAUCCGUGCCGGUGGCACCGUAUUUUUCGCCUGCUUUAAGCCAAGAUCUUACGGCAGGGAUGGUGCUUCUGAACAUCAAGAUCGACGGUUGGGUUCGAUGGAAAGUGGGAACGUGGAUCUCCGGCAGGUACCGCCUACACGUCAAUUGUCCAGCUUACAUUACUCUUGCCGGGCAUUUUUCCGGUGAAGGUCCAGCUGUUAAGUACCAGCUUGUCCAGCGAUGUGGUGUUGACGUUUAAGCAAAGGGAUUAUCAUUAGUCCUUUCAAAUACUAGAGUCUCGACUACGAAUUCUGUUGUUUUAUUGCUUUGCUUAACUGAAUUCUUCGAAAUGUUUUGUACUGCCUUUUCAUGAUUGAGAUUUAUGUUUACGUAUUUAC